CUGUGCCAACCACAAGGGGGAGAGGGAGGCUGAGAGAACGUUGCAUCCAUCGUACAUCGCCUAGUCUGUCUGGAUCAGCCGCUGCAAGAUGUCGGGACUUGCAUUGAUGGGAGAUCGGACCAUGGGCCAGGACGUCCGAACACAAAACGUAACCGCGGCAACAGCGAUCGCCAACAUCGUCAAGUCCUCGCUCGGCCCGGUUGGUUUGGACAAGAUGCUCGUGGAUGAGGUGGGAGACGUGACCAUCACCAACGACGGGGCGACCAUCCUGAAGCAGCUUGACGUCGAGCACCCCGCUGCCAAGGUGCUCGUCGAGCUGGCAGAUCUGCAAGACCAGGAGGUGGGUGACGGCACGACCUCCGUGGUGAUCGUGGCGGCGGAGCUGUUGAAGAGGGCCAACGAGCUCAUCAAGAACAACAUCCACCCUACCACGGUGAUGGCCGGCUACCGGCUAGCCCUGAAGGAGGCCGUCAAGUAUAUCAAGGCUAACCUGUGCGUGCCUGUGGACAAGCUGGGCAGGCCAAACCUGAUCAACGCGGCCAAGACGGCCAUGAGCUCCAAGAUUCUCGGGCCGGAGAGCGAUUUCUUCGCGGAGAUGGCGGUGGACGCGGUCACCGCGGUCAGGACAGAGUCGGGCGGAGACCUGGGCAAGAAGGUUGUCAAGUACCCGGUCUCCGCGGUGCACAUCCUCAAGUGCCACGGGCUGAGCCUGCUCGACUCCAAGGUGGAGCCCGGCUACGCGCUCAACUGCGUUAGGGCUUCGCAGGGCAUGCCGACCUCGGUACAGAACGCCAAGAUCGCCUGCCUGGACAUCAACCUGCAGCGAUACAAGAUGCAGAUGGGAGUCCAGGUGGUGGUGAACGACGUGAAGGAGGUGGACGCUAUCCGACAGCGGGAGAUGGACAUCACCAAGGAGCGGAUUGAGAAGAUCCUCAGCUCCGGGGCUACGGUAGUGCUCACGACCAAGGGCAUUGACGACCUCUGCCUCAAAUACUUCGUAGAGGCGGGGGCCAUGGCCGUACGGCGCGUAAAAAAGGAAGACAUGCGGCGCAUCGCCAAGGCCACGGGCGCGAGCAUCGUGACGACCUUGGCGGACAUGGAAGGGAAUGAGACUUUCGAUCCGGAGGUGCUGGGGCAGGCGGACGAGGUUUCGGAGCAACGCGUCGGCGAUGGCGAGUUGAUUUUCUUCAAGGGCACCAAGACACAGGCGUCCUGCACCGUCGUGCUCCGAGGGGCUAACGACUUCAUGCUCGAUGAGAUGGACAGGGCGUUGCACGACUCUCUGAUGGUCAUCAAGAGAAUGCUGGAGAGCAACGUGCUGGUUGCCGGUGGGGGGUCCGUGGAGACGGCGCUGUCUAUCUAUCUCGAGAGCUUCGCGACCACCCUGGGCUCCCGCGAGCAGCUGGCCAUCGCAGAGUUCGCGGAGGCUCUACUCGUCAUCCCUAAGACCCUGGCCGUCAACGCCGCGCAGGACGCGACCGAACUCGUGGCGAAGUUGAGGGCGUACCACAACACGUCGCAGCUGCAGGAGGACAAGACGGAGUACCGGCACUACGGGCUGGAGCUUGUGGAGGGGAAGGUGCGCGAUAACCUCGCGUGCGGGGUGGUGGAGCCUGCCAUCAGCAAGAUCAAGUCGUUCCGGUUCGCCACCGAGGCGGCCAUCACCAUCUUGCGUAUUGACGACAUGAUCAAGCUGGACAAGCAGGAACAGGAAGACCCGCGGGCAAGGCGCGGCGGGGGAAUGGGCGGCAUGCCCGGGAUGUAAACGGGGGUUGGGUAGCGGGACAGCGUUAACGCGUUUUUUGAAGGUAGUUUUAUGGUGGGAAACAUUUCUAGUCGACAGGGUUAUGGUGUGUGACGAUCUGGCCGUUGCGUGGGUGGUAGAAACCUCGACUGAGAGGCCGAGGUGUUUGUGGUCUCGGGGGGGCGUCGUACUUGCUAUCUUCCUACGGGUCUGGUAUUUUGCUGCUUUUCUGCACCGCGUGUGAACCUCAUAACAGCGGGAUGUCCUUGCUCCACAGGAGUUUGGGCACGUUUCUGACACGGGAAGAUUUGAGAGAUACGCUCCACGGAUUCAUGGAUGUCGUAUUUUGGACAGAUAUCGUUGGCAAAAGGCAAGUACGUCUGGUCCGGUGUACUCGUGUUCGCAGAGAAUGUUCACGUGAGAAGGCGUUGAAAAGUACGAGAUUGUCUCCGUCACAACCAGCAGAUGAUGGCUUUUACAUGAUUGCCAAGCGUAACCCCUCUG